UGAGAAAUGUUGAUAACUUUAAGCACACAUUGAAAUCAAUGCUUUUAAUUGAAAUUUAAACAAUUUUUUUAUUAAUUAUUAGUUGUUUUGUUAAUAUUUGAACGACAAUUGCAAUGAUUGUUAGUUACAAUCAAUGAUAUUAUUAUAAACUAAAUGUCACUAAAAAUUUGCAAACAUUUGUUGCAAACAAAUAUGUAAACAAAGUGUGGUUUUGACUGCAUUUUUGUUUUUUUAUUGCAAUGAUUUUAAUGUUACCAUUGAUUACAAUCAAGACAUCAAUGAAACUAUUGUUAUGUUGUUAUCACUGUUGUGUCUAAUCAUCUCAUUGUUAAUCCAAUCCAUAGUCACAUCACAGACCAGUCCAACCAAAUGUCAGACAAUAGUCAACCAAAAUAUUGAGAUCGACUUCAAGACUCAGAUUGUCAGCAAUGAAUAUAUCAUCACAUUUAAGAGUCGGUAUAAAAGUGAAACCCGACGGCGUUUCAUAGAGUGGGCAUUCAAUCACUAUAAAGACACAAAUGUAUCACUUAUUGAAUCCAAAGACUGGCAGAUUAUUGACCGCCAAAAUGUUGGCCAACACUUUCCCAGCGAUUUUGAUGUCCUUCACGUGAAUUGUAAUGUUAGUCAAACACUUUUGUCUGAAUGGCUCGAAAGACAUCCAAAUAUCAAGAAAUUGACGCCACAGAAGAUGAUCACACGUUUUAUUAAAUAUGUUAAUCAAUCAAAUUAUGACGUUUUGAACGAUGAUUUGGACGACUUUCUUGAUAUAUGCGACGACCAGUUUUGCUGGAAUCGCAAUAAAAGCGAUGAUUCGGUUGUCUUUAGAGGUCGUCAAUCACUUUCCUGGUUAAAUGCUUUUAGUUUUAGUUUUGGAGGAAAUGGUGGUGACACUAGAAGACGACUUUUGAGAGCUAUUCCUCGACAGAUCACUAGUGUAUUGCAAGCAGAUAUACUUUGGGGAAUGGGUAUUACCGGUGCCGGUGUAAAAGUGGCCGUUUUUGAUACGGGUUUGCCUAAGAAUCAUCAACACUUUAAACGAAUUAAAGAACGAACUAAUUGGACAAAUGAAAAGACAUUUGACGAUGGCUUAGGUCACGGGACGUUUGUGGCCGGAGUUGUCAACAGUAAUAAGGAAUGUCUUGGCUUUGCUCCCGACGCCGAACUCCAUGUGUAUCGAGUGUUCACUAAUAAUCAGGUGUCAUAUACUUCAUGGUUUUUGGAUGCUUUUAAUUAUGCGAUUCUCAAGAAAAUUAAUGUUUUGAAUUUGAGUAUCGGUGGACCAGACUUUAUGGACCACCCGUUUGUUGACAAAGUUUGGGAAUUGACUGCUAAUAAUAUAAUCAUGAUAUCAGCCAUUGGUAAUGAUGGACCACUUUAUGGAACUCUUAACAAUCCUGCCGAUCAAAUGGAUGUCAUAGGUGUUGGAGGUAUUAAUUUUGAAGACCAAAUCGCUCGUUUUUCGUCUCGAGGAAUGACUACAUGGGAGUUACCUUCAGGCUAUGGCCGUCUAAAACCAGAUAUUGUUACAUAUGGAUCAGCAGUACGGGGUUCGAGCAUCAAAGGUGGUUGCCGUUCACUAUCGGGAACAUCAGUGGCAUCACCAGUAGUUGCGGGUGCGGUUACUUUACUAAUGAGUGCUGUACUACAUAUGGGAAAUGCUAUAAACCCGGCCUCAAUGAAACAGGCGCUUAUGGCCUCUGCAAGACGUUUGCCAAACAUACCAAUGUUUGAACAGGGAUGGGGUAAACUUGAUUUAGUUCGUGCUUAUCAAGUAUUACUAUCAUAUAGACCUCAGGCUACUCUUAGUCCAAGUUAUUUAGACUUUACUGAAUGUCCAUACAUGUGGCCAUACUGUACACAACCAUUAUAUUACAGUGCAAUGCCUACCAUUGUUAAUAUAACAAUUUUAAAUGGUAUGGGAGUAACGGGUUAUAUUAGUGGAAAGCCUCAAUGGCAUCCAUAUACACCACAAAAUGGACAAUAUUUGGAUAUUGCUAUUACUUAUUCUGAUAUAUUAUGGCCAUGGAGUGGAUGGAUGUCUAUAUAUAUCUCGGUAUCAGCUGAUGCUCAACAAUGGGAGGGUAUAGCACAGGGUCAUAUUAGUUUAACAGUUGAAUCUCCUCCAAGUGAACGUGGAGGUCAGCCACAAAAAUCUGACAUUAAAUUACCAAUUAAAGUGAAAAUAAUAGCGACACCGCCUAAAAGUAAACGAAUUCUAUGGGAUCAGUACCAUAAUCUUCGUUACCCUCCCGGAUACUUUCCGCGUGACAAUCUUCAUAUGAAGAAUGAUCCGUUAGAUUGGAAUGGAGAUCACAUUCACACAAACUUCAAAGACAUGUAUCAACACUUGCGAACCAAUGGUUAUUACGUAGAAGUAUUAGGUGUGCCAUACACUUGCUUUGACGCCAAACUUUAUGGUACAUUACUAGUCGUCGAUCCUGAAGAAGAGUUUUUUCCCGAAGAGAUAACAAAACUGAAACGAGAUGUCGAUGACGGUCUAUCUGUCAUUUUAUUUGCUGAUUGGUAUAACGUUACGGUUAUGAAAAAAGUCAAGUUUUAUGAUGAAAAUACUCGUCAGUGGUGGGAACCAGACACCGGUGGUUCUAAUAUUCCAGCACUUAAUGAUUUAUUAUCCUCUUGGGGUAUAGUACUGGGAGACUAUGUAUAUGAGGGUGAGUUUAAGAUAGGCACACAUGAUAUGUAUUAUGCCUCCGGUGCUAGUAUUGUGAAAUUCCCACAAAAAGACAGUGUUUUAGUUAGAAAGGAUCUCAACGAUCAAGGAUUAGAAAUAUUAAACGGACAAAAACAAGAGAUCAAAAAUGUACCCAUUCUUGGACUCUAUAGUUCUUACAGUGAAAUUGGUGCUCAAAAGGGAAGAAUAUCUAUUUAUGGUGACUCUAAUUGUUUAGAUACGGCUCAUAUGCAAAAAGAUUGUUUUUGGAUGAUUGAAGCUUUGCUUCAAUUUUCAACCACUGGAAAAGUUCCCGUCAUAUUUGAACAAUCAAUUAAAGAUGAAGAUAUUAAGGCAAACGAAGUACAAAACAGUGAUAUUAAUGAUAAGCAGAGACAUCAACUACAAGAGGUUCCGCAACGAAUGGAAGGCAAUCAUUUGUAUCGAUAUUCAAAAGUAUUAGAACAUCACUUGGAAAAUACACAUACGAUUCGUAGUCUUCCUUCAUGUUUGUCAUUAAAAUACGAAACAGCGGUUCCACUCAACAAAUCUUUGCCAACCAAUCUGUAUAAAUCGCAAAAACUAUUAUCUGUUAGUGGAAUAGAUAUUCCGAUGUCAUUCCCGCAGCCAAAACACACCAACAACUUUGAACACUUUGAUUCAUCUCAAUGGGAAACGGGAGCCCUUUUCUAUGAUGUAAAGGAUUCAGAAGUACGCAUACCAUCUCUAACUACUCUUUUUUUGGUUGUUAUUAUGGUUUUGGUAUUCUUUCUGCUUAAACAAUGGUUUUUCCAUCUGAGACCUCACAGACCGCGCAAACGAAGGUCACGAAUAACUGUUAGACGACUAUUACUACAGGCUUUGCCUUCACGAGUGCCCACUGUAUGACUUGUGAUACCAUUGAAGGCAAGAGAUUUGUAUUUUGCAAGUGAUUUAUAUGAAGAAGUUUGUGAUAAUAAAGUGGACAACAUUUACACGGAUUGUUGGCUGGUUUUGAUACAAACCUAUUGUUACUCAUAUCCAAACAUUGAGACUCUCUUUGAUCUCAUCGAAGAUAUCAUCGCAACUAAAACAUUAUGUCUAUAAAAAUGCAAUAUAUUUAUCAUUUUAAA